AUGGAUGAAGAAGAAGUCUUGUCGGAGGGCAAGGUGGAGGAAGACACAGAGGAAGGACAUGAAGAGGAGGAGGACCAGCUAAUGGUUUGCCACUUGACCAAAGAAACUAUCGCCGAGGGGCUCUCUUUACUGGCUCGAACGGGAAAUGGACUAUCUCAUGCCUUUGUCAGACUGGACCUGACAGACAAGGGACUGACAGACAUUACUGCAAUCAGCAGCUAUGUUCACAUACGUUUCCUGGAUUUGUCCAAAAACCACCUUACUGAUCUUUCUCCUUUGGCAUCAUUAACCCACCUGCUUUGGCUGAAGAUGGAUAGUAAUGCAGUGGCAUGUUUCAAAGGGCAACCGCUGGGUCAGCUGACCUACUUGCAGUGGCUGAGUGUGGCAAUGAACCAGCUGAAGGACCUGGAAGGGCUGGUUGGACCUGCCCUAGAGAGCCUCAAUGUUAUUGGUAACAGUAUCCAGAGAGUGAACGGUCUGCAGUAUCGCCAUCUGACCAACCUGGUGACUCUAGAGCUGAGAGGAAACCGCUUGGACACAACUGACGGCAUCUAUCUUCCAAACCUUCGCCAACUAUUUCUGGCCGAUAAUGGUAUCAAACGUCUGGAGGGGUUAGACAGGCUCGAGUGCCUCGACACCCUUCACCUCCGAGACAACCAGCUGGAGACUCUGGAUGGCAUUAGCCCAAACAUGAAGUGUCUGAAGUACCUCAAUGUCAGAGGCAACAUGAUAUUAAGCCAGAAUGCCCUGCAAGUCCUUGGGUGUCUAUCGAACACCCUGCGGACUUUGGUCCUUGCUGAGAAUCCUCUGGCAGAGACAGAGAAUUACCGCCUGCUGGUGCUUGCUCACCUGCCACAGCUGGAGAGACUUGACAAGGAUCCUAUCUCCUCUGAGGAGAGGACUGAAGCCCAUAGUAGAGUCAAUGAACUUAAGGAAGAGGAAGUACCUGACCCAGAGGACUUCUAAUAAUGGCUGAAUUGAGGGAGUGGCGUAAACCUGUCUUCCUUUUCCAGCAUGAGCCUGGUGUGGAUAGAUGGGUGGGUGUGUACAUCGGAGAGACAAAGCAAGCACAUUUAAUUGCAUGAGUCUGUGCAUGAAAUGAUUUUUAUAACUGAAACCAUAUAAAAGGGGUGUGCAUUUAUACAGGUAUCAAGAUAACUCAUCUGUUUUAUUGUCAGUGCAAUGCAUUUUGCAUCAUACAUACAUUGAUAUAUUAAGUUAA